AAAAACUAGUUUUUUCUUGAAAAAAAUAAACCCCCAAGAAUCAAGAAUGGGUUAUACCCUUUUGUUCUUCUUCAUUCUUCUCCAAAGUUUGAAUCUUUUUGCUAUUUCUACAACAUUAAAGCCAAAUUUUUACUCUCACACUUGCCCAAAAGCUGAAUUUAUAGUCAAAGAAGUUAUGAAAAAAGCUAUGAAAAGAGAAACAAGAAGCAUAGCUUCUGUUAUGAGAUUGCAAUUUCAUGAUUGUUUUGUUAAUGGAUGUGAUGCUUCUUUGUUGUUGGAUGAUACACCAAACAUGCUUGGUGAAAAGUUAGCUUUAUCUAAUAUAGAUUCAUUGAGGUCUUAUGAAGUUGUUGAUGAUGUUAAAGAGGCUUUGGAGAAAGCUUGUCCUGGUGUUGUUUCUUGUGCUGAUCUUUUAAUCAUUGCUGCUAGAGAUGCUGUUGUUCUGAGUGGAGGUCCAUAUUGGGAAGUAAAGUUGGGAAGACUAGACAGUUUAACAGCAAGCCAAGAAGACUCAAACCAAAUCAUGCCAAGUCCAAGAUCAAAUGCAACGUAUCUCAUUGAUCUUUUUAGCAGAUUCAAUCUUUCAGUCCAAGAUCUUGUAGCCCUCUCUGGCUCUCAUUCCAUUGGCAAAGGAAGAUGUUUCUCCAUUGUGUUUAGGCUAUACAAUCAGUCCGGAUCGGGGCGUCCCGACCCUUCCAUUGAGCCAUCAUUCAGAGAAAAGUUAGACAAACUUUGUCCACUUGGUGGUGAUGGGAAUGUGACUGGAGAUUUAGAUGCAACACCUGAGUUGUUUGAUAAUCAGUAUUUCAAAGAUUUGGUGAAUGGGAGAGGGUUUCUGAAUUCUGAUGAAACACUUUUUACUAACUCUAUAACAAGGGAGUAUGUUAAGGAGUAUAGUGUUGAUCAAGAAAGGUUUUUUAAGGAUUUUGCUGAAGGUAUGGUUAAGAUGGGUGAUCUACAAUUGGGGCGUCCUGGUGAGAUAAGACGCGAUUGUAGGGUGGUUAAUAGCCAUCGACCCCGUGUUGAAGUCUUGUUUGAAACUUCAAACAAAAAAGGGUAAAAGUAAAAGUCGCUU